AGAGGCUUAUAGUUAAUUUGGCUUGACUUUGAGCAGAUAACCCCACAAACAAUAAAAAUCCCUGUACUGAGAAGAAAUUUCUGGCCUGCGUUAAAUAACAUUUCUUAUUCAAGUCAACAAACCUUUCAAGCACUCAUAAUUUAUGUAUCUCUAUCUUUGAACCAACUUUCCUUAACGUCACUUGGCUCAUCUCCAGUUGCUUCCCCACUGCCCCUCCAACCACCAAACAAAACUUUUAAUUCAUUUCAUUUCUAUCAAACACUUUCUCUUCGCCUAAAAAAAAAAAUAAAAAAUGAAGUCCUGGCUUUUCUUCUCAUCCCCUUUUGCCUUCUUUGUUUUCUUCAACAUUCCUUUAGCCUCAAGCUUUGAUGGGUACACAAGUUGUAGCAACAAGUUCAACUGUGGAGAGAUCACAAACGUUGGUUUUCCUUUCUGGGGAUACGGCAGGCCAGAGAGUUGUGGAUAUCCAGAACUGAAUCUCACAUGUUCCGAGAGUGUCACCACUAUAGGGAUUAUGGGGGUCCAAUACAGAGUGUUGAAGAUAAACCAAGAAGCUGAAGAAACACUCAAACUUGUGAGAGAUGACUACUAUGACAAAAUUUGUUCUCCAAAGUUUGGGGACACCAAAUUGAAUUCCAAUCUUUUCGACUAUGUUUCAGGCUCUGUUGAUGUUAAAUUACUGUAUGAUUGUACUUCUAGCUCACAAGGUGACUUCAGUUGCCCCAAGGGUGAAACUUAUGGUAAUGUGGCCGCCGUACUUGCAGCUUUUCCGGUGUCUCCCAUGUGUAAAUCACAGAUGGUGAUUCGGAUUCAGGACUCAAUGGGUCUUGGAAUCAUUAGUUUAGAGAAUGUAACAGAACUUGAACAGGCAGUUAGAGAAGGAUUUGAGGUGAAGUAUAAGGUGGACAGUGCAAAAUGUGCUGAGUGUGUUGGUUCAAAGGGUGUUUGUGGUUAUGAUUGGGGUUUGAGUGAGACUGUUUGCCAUUGCCCGAAUCAAAGUUCUGCGUCCCGGAAUUGUUCUGCCACAGCAGAGGCCAUAGACAAUCCAGUUUUGCCAUCAGCUAAAGGUACGAGCUCUGAACCCAAAAUAGAUAUGCUAACAAGAGUGGUUUUUUGCAUUUUAAGCUGA